AAGUAGAAAAAUAAAGCUUUUUCUUCACUUGAACUUUUAACAAUUGCUUACGAGUAAUUUUAUGCAUUAAUAGGUUUGCAACAACAAUAAAAACUGCCACUGUGACCAUGAUUGGGCUCCUCCAUAUUGUGACAAACCUGGGUUAGGAGGGAGCAUAGACAGUGGACCCAUGAGGCUUGAAGAAAGUAAUAGCCUGUUUGUGGGCAUACUAGUUACAGUCUUGAGUCUUAUCACUGCGGGGGUGAUAAUGUGUUUCAAACGGAAGACAUUGCUCCAGCUGCUGUUCUCACAUAAAAUAACAACAGUUGAAAAGUUAAGGACUGUAGGUCCGACUAGAUCAUCAACCCCAAGCCAAUCUAGUAGUACAUACACAACUCCCAUCAAAAGACAAGCCAAAAUUCACAAGACAGACAAUCUGCAGUCAACCAGCUCAUUUCCACCCCAUAAUGUGCGAGAUCAAGCUGUGCGAGGACCACCUCGCUAUCAGCCAGUUCACAUUAGUAAUCCAUUGCCGAAUUCAGUUGCAAGAGCAAAUUUGCACUUUUCCCUGACACCUCAGCGGGUCCUGCCCCCACUGAACCACAGUAUGGCGUCUAAUUCAGGAGUACCAAGCAGACCAUUGCCAGCCAACCCCUCCUUCAGAAAUCCACAGGGUCCUUCAAUGCGCAGUCCUCCAAAGAAACCUCUGCCAGCAAAUCCUAUAAACAGGCCAUCACAACUGAAUGCUCCCUUCAUACAGCACCCUGAGGUCCAGAUCAAGCCUGUCAGACCAGCACCCAAGAAGCCUCAGCAGCACAAUAAGAUUAACCGACGAUGUUGACAUCGAAUGACAAAAAGAAUUUACCUGCCAGCAACUGACCAAACAUGUUUGCACUAUAUGAGAAUUCUAAAUGGAGUUAGUCCUCUUAUUAACCAGCAUUGCAAAUAGGAACUGUUCUUCUUUGUAUCCAUUUCUGUGCUAGCAUUUCUUGACUGGCAUGAGCAAUGAAUAGCAAGGUACUGGUGUCUACCAAGCUAUUCCUUUAAUCCCAACUAGACAAGAAAUAAACUUUAUAUGCAUAUAGUUGAGAGAUGCUGGUACUUCAGUCUUUUAUACGAAGGAAGUGGUCCUGUCACUCUCCUAUCAUUAAUAUCUCAUGUUACCACAAAGAAUCUUAGCAACAUGCCAUAGUGGCUUCAUUGUACCACAUCACUGGGUUUUUAUGGUGUACCAUCUGCUUCCACACUAAAGAUGCAUUUUAUUCCAUUUUUUAAACAAAUAUGCCAUCAAAGCAAUGUAUUUAGACAGUAAACACACCAAAAUAUAUCAGUGCCUUCAAUGUAUAAGCAAGAGAUCACAUGGACACAAUGCCCUUGUGUACUAUGCCAUCAGAUCCACUCAUUUUAUGGGUUGUAUGACAGAGGGCCAUACACGGCACUUGUAAAAUCAAUCAAAUUUUGUAUGACUUAAGAAACCACAUGAUUAGGCAUUUUAAUUUAACAGAAGUGCUAAAUAUGUUAAUAGUGAUUGAUCAAUUGUUUGAAAUGCAUUCUUAUACUGUAAAUAAGAGGUAAGCUCACACCACUAAAGGUUGUGAUAAAAUUAGUUGGUGCUUAACAUAUUUUGUGUACUAUUACAGAACUGAUAGAUAAAGGGAUUCUGAGCUCCUGUUUUUGGUGCUGUGGCUCCUUAUGGUGCUGUGUACUUGCUCAGGUACGUGUAAAUUAUUAAUUUAUGUUGAAUAUUUAUUACAAUGCAGUGCACUGUGGUGGACACUUUUACAGUAGCUGAAUUUUCUUAAAGGAAAAUUUCUCUGAGUGUCAUAAUUGUGAUCAUUUUCAGUGAAAAAAAUUCCACUUAAUUGCAACUAAGUAGAAUAAAUGUAUUGCUCUAAAGUUACUAGGGCACGAAUAAACACAAUGUGCUAUUAUUCUUAAACAGCAGGAAUUAAAAUAAAUCAGAUUGGGAUGAGGAAAUUCAGCACAGAUUGGAUUGAUUCACAGAAUUCAUCAAAAAUCAAAUCACUGCAUUGUUUUCUUUUCAGGUCAACCAUUUUGUAAAAUGAUUUUUAAAGAUUCCAAACUUGUUAUUAGUGUCUCUAGUUUAUUGAUUAAACUAUACUCACAUUUUUGUAGCAUUUACAUAUACUAGAAGGUCAGCUAGCCACUCAGAGCUCUUUUUGUUAAAUGAAAUGUAUGUAACAUUCCAUUUAAGCUAGUUCAAAUUUGAUGUGUAUUUUAGGUUUUACAGGGAAACACUUCCACAGUUUGUUUUCCUCUGCCAUUGAUUCAAGAUUAUGCUUGUGAACAGUCCAUUAUUCACUAAACUUGGUGUUCAAAUAA